AUUAUGAAGGUAGAAACAAGUGGUGCUUCCCGGAGGACAGCAAAAGCUGAUGGGGAAAAUGACGAAGGGGUGCCUGCAUCUCACAYAAUGGCAGAGCAUGACCUUGCUGCCAUGGACAAGUACAAGGAUAUCAUAAUGAAGGUGGCAAAGAGUAAUGCAGUGGACCCAGCUGUCAUCUGUGGCAUCAUCUCAAGAGAGUCCCGGGCUGGGACAGGACUGGACAAGCACGGCAGGGMGGACAAUGGCAAGGCCUUCGGACUUAUGCAGAUUGACACCACCCCAGCCCCGAGKGGUGGCGGGCACACUCCAAAGGGGGAAUGGAACAGUGAGGAGCAUCUCCAACAAMGCACUGAAAUUCUGAUUGYGUUCAUCAAAAUAAUCCAGAAGAAAUUUAAUUCAUGGACCAAGGAGCAGCAGCUGAAAGGGGGAAUAGCAGCCUACAAUAAGGGAGAAGACUGUGUAGAGUCAUAUGAGGAAGUGGACGCUCAUACCACUGGAGUGGACUACUCCAAUGAUGUUGUUGCCAGAGCUCAGUGGUUCUACCGCCAUGGUUAUSSUGAAACAAGAAACCGUGGCAUUAUAGUAGCAGCUGCCGCAACAGCUAUAGUGGGAGGAGUUUCUGCUGUUGUCCUGGCACCAGUAGUCCUCACAGUGAUCGGGUUUGGUGCUGGCGGGAUUGCAGCUGGAUCAACAGCAGCAAGCAUGAUGUCUGCCGCGGCCAUAGCCAAUGGAGGUGGGGUAGCAGCAGGGAGUCUUGUUGCUGUUCUACAGUCAGCAGGUGCCGUAGGGCUCUCGGGAACAGCCACAGCGAUUGUUGGAAGUGCGGGAGCAGCCAUCGCAGGAGCAGUAGGAGGAUCUGUGGGAUGGCUGAAAACAAAGUUUUCUUAAAUGUUCCAUAGAGGCUUUGAAGAACACCUGUCAGUAGUGAAAUACACCCUCACACUGUUGAUACUGCAUGCUUAAAGUAUUCUACUUGUCAACUG